AUGGGCGUUCAGAAAAAAUUCUGCUGGACAAUAACAAUCCAACCUAACAUCCUCCUUCUGAAAACCUGUGGAUUUUGGCCCGAAGAAGCUUUCAAACUAGAUUUUUACACCGCACGCACCGUAAUUCUCAUCAUAAUAUUCUUUCCAGUAUCACUGAUUUCCCAAGCAGCAAAUUUGUUCUUCGUUCUUGACGACUUAGUCGCCCUCACUGGAACUAUUUAUUUGCUACUAACAGAGAUUAUGUGGGCUUUAAAAAUGUACUACUUUGUCAAAAACAUAUCCUUAGUCAAAACAUUGAUGAAAAUGUUAAACCAUGAGUUGUUUCAACCACGAGACGUCGGUCAAGUUGUCUUGGUUCAACCAAACUUGGACUCCUGGAAGACCAUCUACCAAAUGUUUAUGGUGACGGCUUUGGGUGGUAACUUAUUUUGGGCAGCUUUUCCCCUAUUUGAUACAGCUAAUGGAGAAAAGAGAUUACCAUUUUUAGCUUGGUAUCCAUACGAUACGAGCAUUUCGCCUUUUUAUCAAAUUACGUACGUCCAUCAAGUGCUCACCUACACUUAUAUUGGUUUUACACACAUCAACACUGAUACUUUCAUAGCUGCCUUAAAUAUGUAUAUUUCUAGUCAGUUUGAUAUUUUGUGUGAUAACUUAAAGAAUCUUCACUUUAGUAACAACGUGAAAGCGAAUUUGGUUAAGUGUAUCAAGCACCACUGGCUAAUUCUAAGGUCACAGACGCCUGUUAGAAUGUCAUCACUAAAUGUUUUUUACUUAUCUUUGGAAUCUUUUAUGGCCAUUGUGAAAACUUCUUGGUCUUAUUUCGCACUACUUCAGCAAGUCAAUUCCUAA